UUUGUGUGUAUGACACUGACUGGAUUCAAACAAAGGAUCCACUUGUGAGCAGCCACAGUUGUCCGAAUGCAAUCGCCACGACUUGUUUUCAUGCAGCUAGUACAACAGAAAACCAACACAUCAUACCAAGUGUGCACGCUUUUUGGCAUACCAAAAGCCGAUAACGUUGCACCCAGCCCUCCUUUACUUCUGCUACAGCUUUUUCUGUUUCUGUUGUUGUUUCUGCAACAACAAUCCAACAAUCACAUUCAUCACAUUCAGUCGUUGUAUAUUUUUAUAUAUUUAUUUCAUUUCAUUUCUGUGUUGUUAUCGCGUAAUUACAAACGUUGCCAUUCUCUCUCUCCAUGAUCAAUAAUUGAUCCAUCUUUGCGUGCUUGUCAUCAUCAUCAUCAUCAUCAUCAAACACCAAUUUCCAUAUUUCACCCAAUCCGCUACUAGACAAUCCCAAAUCACAUCCUUUAUAAUCCAUCGAUUGCUCUCUUUCAGUAUUUCAUCCCAUCACACCAAACCAAAUAAAAUCAAAUCAAGUCAAGUCAAAUCAAUUUGAAUCAAACUCGAAUCGAAUUGACAAUCUGCUGUCAUUCGAUUCACUUUCGAUACUUACUACUGUGGUCAACAGCACCAUGUCACCAGCUCGUACUGAAACGUACAACAACAACAACAACAAUAACCAACCUCCCAUGGAAUCCGAUUUCAAGUACCUGGCAGUCGAUCGCACGGUCGUUUCCGAUCCAACCAAGACUGCAGAAUGGGCGGCCAAACGAUUAGUGUGGGUGCCGCACGAAACGCUUGGUUUUGUCGCCGCAAGCAUCAAACUGGAACGAGGCGACGAAUACGAGGUCGAAAUGGUCGAGUCAAACAAGAAAUGCGUCGUCAACAAGGAUGACGUCCAAAAGAUGAAUCCACCGCGUUUCAACAAGGUGGAGGACAUGGCCGAAUUGACCUGUCUGAACGAAGCAUCAGUUUUGCACAACCUCAAAGACCGUUACUAUUCCAGUCUCAUUUACACAUAUUCGGGCUUAUUCUGCGUGGUGGUCAAUCCGUACAAGAAGCUGCCAAUCUACACGGAUAAAAUCAUUGAACACUACAAAGGCAAAAAACGCCAUGAAGUUCCACCGCACAUAUUUGCCGUCACCGAUGGUGCAUAUCGUAGCAUGUUACAAGAUCGCGAGGACCAAUCUAUUCUGUGCACCGGUGAAAGUGGCGCUGGAAAAACGGAAAACACAAAAAAGGUGAUUCAAUAUCUGGCCUAUGUGGCCUCGUCAAAACCGCGUAGUGGAUCUUUAUCACUGCAUACUGGCGAACUGGAACAACAACUACUGCAAGCCAACCCGAUUCUAGAAGCGUUCGGCAAUGCCAAAACAGUCAAAAACGACAAUUCAUCUCGAUUCGGUAAAUUCAUUCGCAUCAACUUUGAUGCAUCAGGAUUCAUAGCCGGUGCCAACAUUGAAACCUAUUUGCUGGAAAAGUCACGAACCAUCCGCCAAGCGGUGGACGAACGCAGUUUUCACAUCUUUUACCAAUUGCUUAAUGGAACGUUACCAGAACAAAGACAGGAAUUCCUGCUUGAAGACGUCAAAAACUAUGCAUUCCUAACGCAUGGAGCUGUACCGGUGCCCGGUGUCGACGAAGCAAUCGAAUUCAAAAACACCGUACAGGCCAUGCAGAUCAUGGGCCUCAAUGCCGAAGAACUAAGUGCCAUUUUUCGCGUCGUUUCGGCUGUCAUGCUGUUUGGCAACAUGAAGUUCAAACAAGAACGCAACUCUGACCAGGCCACUCUUCCGGACAACACGGUCGCCCAAAAGGUCAGCCAUCUGCUUGGCCUCAACGUUUCCGAAAUGAUCAAGGCAUUCUUGCGACCACGGCUCAAAGUGGGCCGCGAUUACGUGACCAAAGCUCAGACUAAAGAACAGGUAGAAUCGUCGGUCGAAGCUAUAGCCAAAGCUUGCUACGAACGAAUGUUCAAGUGGCUUGUCCACCGAAUCAAUCGCUCUCUGGACCGCACGAAACGACAAGGUGCCUCGUUUAUCGGCAUUCUCGACAUUGCCGGCUUUGAAAUUUUCGAGCUCAACUCUUUCGAACAAUUGUGCAUCAACUACACGAACGAAAAACUGCAACAGCUUUUCAACCACACCAUGUUUGUGCUCGAACAAGAAGAAUACCAACGGGAAGGCAUCGAGUGGAAAUUUAUCGACUUUGGCCUCGACCUCCAACCCACCAUCGAUUUGAUCGAAAAGCCCAUGGGCAUACUGGCAUUGUUGGACGAGGAAUGUUGGUUCCCGAAAGCCACCGACAAAACGUUUGUCGACAAACUCAUUACCUCACACAACAGCCAUCCCAAGUUUGUUCAGACGGAUUUUCGCGCCAACGCUGAUUUCAGCAUCAAACAUUACGCCGGAAAGGUCGACUAUCUAGCAUCACAAUGGCUCAUGAAAAACAUGGACCCGUUGAACGAAAACGUCGUCCAAUUGCUGCAACAAUCAUCCGAUCCGUUUGUCAUCCAAAUCUGGAAAGACGCCGAAAUCGUUGGCAUUGGCGUGGCCACCUUGAGCGGCGACACUCAAUUUGGAGCACGUACUCGUAAAGGCAUGUUCAGAACAGUGUCCCAGUUGUACAAAGACCAACUGGCCAAACUGAUGACCACGUUGCGUAACACAAACCCCAACUUUGUCCGAUGCAUCAUUCCGAACCACGAGAAAAAGGCAGGCAAAAUCGAUGCUCCACUUGUGCUCGAUCAACUUCGUUGCAACGGCGUGCUGGAAGGCAUCCGAAUCUGUCGACAAGGCUUUCCGAACCGGAUCCAGUUCCAGGAAUUCAAACAACGAUACGAACUGCUCACGCCGAACGCCAUUCCAAAAGGCUUCAUGGACGGCAAGCUUGCCUGCGAAAAAAUGAUUGUCGCUUUGGACUUGGAUCCAAAUCUCUAUCGAAUCGGCCAGUCCAAGAUAUUCUUCCGUGCCGGUGUGCUCGCUCAACUCGAAGAAGAACGUGACAUGAAAAUAUCCGACUUGGUCGUCAAUUUCCAGGCCUGGUGUCGUGGCCUUAUCGCUCGUCGUAACUACCACAAACGACUACAACAGUUGAAUGCGAUUCGCGUCAUCCAACGUAAUUGUGCUGCAUAUCUUAAACUUCGUAACUGGGCAUGGUGGCGUCUCUACACCAAAGUGAAACCGCUGCUCGAAGUGACCAAACACGAGGACAAGUUGCUCGAAAAGGAAGACGAGAUUCGCCAGGUGAAAGACAAAUUGAACAAAUCACAACAGGAACUGGUCGAAUUGGACAAAAAGUAUCAACAAUUGGUCACCGAAAAGAACGAUUUGUCUGCCGCUUUGCAAGCAGAAACCGAACUGUGCAACGAAGCCGAAGAAGCUCGAGUACGAUUGACGGUCAGAAAACAGGAACUGGAAGAAAUCAUCAUCGAACUGGAAACCAGAAUCGACGAGGAAGAAGAACAGUUCCAGGCGCUGAGCAACGACAAAAAGAAACUGCAAUCGCUCAUCCAGGACCUGGAAGAACAACUGGAAGAGGAAGAAUCGUCGCGACAAAAACUGCAGAUUGAAAAACUGGCCCUAGAAACAAAGGUGAAAAAACUGCAAGAAGAAGCGGCCAUAUCGGAGGAUUCGCACGGUAAACUGGCCAAAGAAAAGAAACUGCUCGAUGAUCGACUCGCAGAAUUGAUGAAAACGGUGGGCGAAGAAGAAGAAAAAUCAAAACAUCUUGCCAAGCUCAAGCUGAAAUACGAAAGCUCAAUCACCGAACUAGAGGACAAGCUCAAAAAAGAACAAGAGCAUAAAUACGAAUUGGAACGUGUCCGACGCCGUCUGGAAGCCGAACUCGGCGACACAAAGGAACAGUUGAGCGAGAAAAACAGCCAACUCGAAGAUGUGCAGACACAGAUUGGCAAAAAAGAGGCCGACCUCAGUCAGGCAUUGUCUCGGUGUGACCAAGAAUCAGCAUCUCGUAGCCAAAUACAAAAACAACUUCGAGAACUGGAGUCGACGUUGGCCGAAAUCCAAGAAGAUCUCGAAACAGAACGACAGGCACGAGCAAAGGCGGAAAAACAGAAACGUGACCUGAAUGAGGAGCUCGAAGCACUUAAAAACGAGCUGAUGGAUUCGUUGGACGUGACGGCCGCUCAACAGGAUCUGACGCAGAAGCGUGAACACGAACUUGAACGGCUCAGACGAAGUCUGGAAGAAGAAUCGCAACAGCACGAAAGCCAGAUUCAGGAUCUUCGCCAAAAGUACAUCAAAACGAUCGAAGAACUGAACGAAAGCAUCGACAAUCUGCGUAAAACAAAAACGACGCUCGAAAAGACAAAAACCAACCUCGAAGCCGAAAACGCCGAGAUGACUCAGGAAAUUGCCAACAUCAAUCAGGCCAAACAGGAAAGCGAACGACGACGCAAACAGGUCGAAUCGCAGGUUUCCGAACUGACCACACGUCUCAACGAGAUUGAAUCGCAGAAAGGCGAACUGGCCGAAAAGUUUACCAAAUUGCAACAGGAACUGGAAGUGGCGCUGUCCCAGCUCGAGGAAGCCGACCGUCGUGCCAGCCAAGCCAUCAAAAACAGCAACACGUUGAACGUGCAAUUGGCCGAGCUUCAGGAACUGCUGCAGGAGGAAACGAAACAGAAAUUGUCGUUGAAUUCAAAACUGCGCCAAGUCGAAGGCGAACGAGACGCCGUCAUCGAACAGCUCGAGGAAGAGGAAAAGGCCAAAAAAUCGCUGGAAGCCAAAUUGACACAGCUUACGGCCACGUUUGCCGACGCCAAGAAAAAGAAUGAAGAGGACGCCGAGUUGCUCGUUCUGUCCGAGGAGAAUCGCAAAAAAGCCGUCAAAGAGUUUGAAAUUGUUGGCCAUCAGCUCAAAGAAGCAGUGGCCACCAUCGACAAAUUGGAACGAUCCAAGAAGAAGCUACAAUCCGAAGUGGACGAUCUGAAUAUUGAACUGGAGAACCAACGGUCCAAAGUGUGUGAAUUGGAAAAGAAACAGAAAAUUCGAUGCCAUGAUCCAGGAAGAGAAAGAGUUGUCGGCCAAAAUCGCCAACGAACGUGACCAGGCUGAACGCGAGUCCCGCGAAAAGGAGACCAAGAUCUUGUCGUUGCAACGGCAACUCGAAGACCGCGACAAUCUGUAUGUGGAAAAU